CAGAACAAAAGCCACCAGCACAAGCCCUCAAUCUCCAGCACCUUGCAGCCGACAAAGGAGGCAAAAUUCUCAGCUUCCCGCCUCCCAAAUGCAAGAAAAAGAAACCCUUUUGUGAGAAACCCUGAGAUUUUCAUCGUCAAAGAAAAGGGAAAAAAAAUGGUGAAAUCCAAGAAGACAGAAGCCAGCAAUUCUAACAGAGAGAACCCGGAUGUGUUAGAGAGAAAAAGAUUGAAAAAACUUGCCAUAACCAGCAACAUAGUAUCAGACGCACAAGUCAAGGCUCCAUAUUCAUUGAACCCAUCAAAAACUGUUGCAAAACACCAUGGUAAAGAUAUUAUUAGGAAAUCUCAAAGAAAGAACAGGUUUUUGUUUUCAUUUCCUGGUCUUCUUGCUCCUAUUAAUGGAGGUGGCAAGAUUGGCGAGCUCAAAGACUUGUCCUCUAAAAACCCUGUUCUUUACCUCGAUUUUCCUCAGGGACAGAUGAAGCUGUUUGGGACUAUUUUGCAUCCAAAGAAUAGAUAUUUGACAUUGCAAUUCUCUAGGAGUGGAAAGAAUGUUAUGUGUGAGGAUUAUUUUGAUCACAUGAUUAUAUUUUCUGAGGCAUGGUGGAUUGGAACGAAAGAAGAGAACCCGGAAGAAUUGAAACUUGAUUUUCCCAAUGAACUGUUUGAGGGAAAAGGUGUUGAAUGUGAUUUUAAAGGUGGGGCAGGAGCAGGAUCUGUCAAUAAACAAGUAGUUCAGAAGAGUGAUGGAACCAAAUAUGUAAAAGAAGAGUCUUCUGAAACUGAGCUUGAUGAUGAUUUAUCGGAUAUUAACAAUGAUUUUAAAGAUUUGAAGGAAACUACCCCAAUUCGGCAAUCUGCAAGAACUUCUGGGAAAAAAUUCAAGUUUACUGAAGUUUCCUCGGGAGAUGAUUCUGCUGAAAGAAGUCCUGAUGCCUUGGGGGUGGAGGAGGAGGAGGAGGAAAAGAAAGUGAAAACUAACAUGUCCUCUGGUAUAACUCUUGACAUUGAAAGUGAAAGUUCUAGAGAAGGGAAUCAUCUUUCUGAGCAAAUUCAAGCAUCUAUAACCAAAUCUAAAAAGCUUUCUGAGUCUGUUGCUUCAGUGACGAUACCUAAGGAAAACUCGAAUAAUAGUCAUGGUUCACUUGUUCAGCCAACCAUAUCCACGUUGUUCAAGAAAGUGCAGGAAAAGAAGAAAGUGGUGGAAAAGGAGGCACCGAGAAAUUCAAGGAAAUCCUCAUCAUCAAAAGAUUCUGAUCAGAAGUUGCAGAAAACUGAUUUGAAAAGGAAGAUCGAUCUGGUUGAAGCACCUAGGAAAAGAGGAACAGUGACUGAAGGGAAAAAAGCUGGGACGGGAUCCAAGGCAAAGAAGAAAGUGAAUGAGGUUGAAGAUGAUGACAUUGAAGAAUUCUCAAGCUCAUCACAGGGUACUGAAGAAAGUGAUGAAGACUGGGAAGCCUGAGAUUGUAACUCAACUUGAGUGGAUGGAAAUACCAAAGGAAACCUUGAACUUGCAUAUAGGCAUUUGAACAUCCAAAAUUCUCGUCUGUAGGGAAGGCAUGAUGCAAUAUGUCUGGAUAGUAUUUCUUGGUUCUGUUCCAAUGCAAAUUUAUUCAUCCAUUUCUGAUGAUGGCUUUGGAACUGGCAAACAUAAGGUUCAAAUCAAUAUUAGAAGAAGAAUCAGUCGGUAAGCAGCUUUGCUCUGCCCAUACGACGAGUCAAAUUCAGGAACAAAUUUCAUGAAUGAGGUUUUCUUCAUUGUACGAUUCAAAAGCCAGGGACUUCUCAUUUUUUGAUUUGCCAAUUUCCUUAAUUAUACUAUAGUCAUUUGCAAUGAGGGUAAGGACCCUGUGAUUGGGGUUCGGUUGAGUUAAAUUUGUUGUGUUCUAUCGUUAGUCACUAACUCACUAUUGCUAGUUGGCUCUUGAGACUACUGCUGAUAUUGCCUCUUCCGCGUCAAUGUCCUUUUACAGAUUUUAUUAAGAAACCUCAAUAAACUC